AUGCAAGUCCCAACUGAGAAUCGCUCAGAGGCCAGUUGCAGACUUGUGGUGCUGCUUGUGUUGGCAGCAGGCCUGAGCAUGGCCAAGGCCAUGGACACCUGGCAACGCCUACCCUCCCUGGCAACCUUCUCCAGCUAUGAGGACAUGCAACGCUACUUUGAUCAGCGGAAUCUGCGCAGCAUGCGGCACAUCGACAAUCCCUCAGACGACAGCUACCUGGCGGCCUUCAAUCAGUACAACGAGCAGCAGUCCGAGGAUCGGUCCGGGCAGCUCCAGCACUCGCGCACCAAGCGGGAGGAGCGCCGGCUGCCCAGCGCACCGCGAAUGCUGCGUUUCGAGAUCAGCGACGCCGUCGAACCCAGUGACGAGGUGAAGCAGCUGCUGCGGCAGCACUAUGCCAGGGCGCUCAAGGAGACGCCCACCACAGAGAGUGCGCCGCCAGCCAUCACCACCAAAGCCACAAAGAGUCAGCGUUCCAAGCGCAAGCCACGACGCCAGCGACGCUCCAUCAUUGGCGAGCAGCAGCAGCAACAGCAGCCAGCUGACUUCAAGGCGCUGAUGAUUCCCUUCCAGGAGACCGAUGCCCGCGAACCGGACCCCAUUACAGCGCAGCUGAUUCGAGAGGCCAGGAUCCUGGAUCUGCAGAGUCAGUCCACCAGGACGGAGCCAUUACGCAAGUCGCAGGCGCCGCAAAAGCACGGCUUCCAGGUGCGCAUACGCAAGACAAAGCGUACGAAGCGAUCGGCUCCCGGUUCCUCCCCGCACAUGUUCAAGUUCGAGCUGGCCGAUGCCAAGGCAGCGCUGCCACAGGCCCUGGCACAACGCUCUGGAAAGCAGCUCCCGGCCACGCCCACACUCCUCACCAUGGAGACCCCCAGAGCAGAGAGGAGCAACAUAACCCAGAGUCAGAGCCAGAGCCAGCCGCAGAACCCCACCAAGGCCACUCCCACUUCCACUGCCCGUGUGGAUGACAAUGCGAUCCUCAGUGGCGAGUCGACAGCGGAGACCAAGCGAAUGUAUGUGUACAAGGAGGCGCCACCGAGUAGCGGCCAUGGGAAGAGCAAAAAGUCGUUGAGUGGACUGCCCCACGAGGUGCAGAAGGCGAUCAGCCAGCUGCUGAAGGAGGGGCAUGGCGGCAAGGCGUACAUCAAGUAUCUGCCCGCCCAGAAAUCCGAGUACGAACACUACAAGAUAAAGCCCCUCUCCGCGCUCUCGGGCUACGGCCUCAAGCCCAGCUCCUACAUGAAGUACAUCCCCGGCACAGUGCAGACCAAGCUGGUGGAGGCAUCGCCACUGCCAGUGCCAGUCCCAGUGCCAGUGCCAGUCCCAGCCCCCGUCCAGGUGCACAUCCAGCCCGUGCCGGUGGUCGAGCAGCUGCGGUACAUCCACUACAAGCCGCACUACGCCCAAGUCUACGCUGCCCAGCCAUCGAACAUUGCCCAGCACCCGAUUGUGGUGCAAGAGGCGCUGCCGCAGGCUGAGGAAGUGGUUCACCAUCACACAUACACAGCAGAGCUGGCGCCCGCCCCUGCUCCGACCCAAUCGAUAGACGUGUCGAUAGGGCCACAGUUUCGGCCCUCCAAGCCAGACCCCCUGCAGGAGGAGUACCAUCAUGCGGAGGAGAACAUGCCCAUCUACGGCAAGGCCCUGGAGCCGUACCAAUACCAGAUCCAACACGAGCCAAGUCCCUCGGCCUCGCCGCUGAUCAAGAUCGAGUACCACGCGCAGGCGGACAGCAUCAAGGAGCACUACAAGCAGCUGCCCGAGUUCCAGCAGCUGUCGACGCUCAUUGGCAAGUCGCCCGAUGACCAGAUCCACGGCCUCACCUACCUCCUGGCCAAGGAGAUGCAGGCCAAGCUGCAGCGCCAGGGCAAGCAGCUGAUGGUGGAUCGUCCACAGGACAGCACGGCACCGAUACUCUUCCAUCCCGGCCAGGUGCAGGCGCCGGCUCCAGUGCCCACCCUCAAGACGCUGGCGGAUCUGGGCGGUGGCUCCCUGGGCGUGCACCAGGGUCGACUGAUUGGCAUGGCCAAGACGAAGCAGUACGUGCCGAUCAUCGAGUCGGGCAACAACGAUGUGAAGGAGCUGCUGCCCGCCGUUCCCAGCAGCGUGGCGCCCAAGCUGCCGACCCCCAGCUCCUUCAUUGACUACACCCCCGGCCAUGGACUGUCGCAUGGGUACGAGGGCGUCCGGGAUGAUGAGCAGCAGCCCGUGACCACAGUGGAGCAUGUGGUGCAUCAUCCCACGGUCACGAACUAUCAUCAUCAGCAGCAGCAGCAGCAGCAGCAGCCGCAGCAGCAUCAUUACCAGGGGGGUGGGGGACUCGUGGCCACCUCGCUUCCGGCGGAGCUGGAUGCGGCAAAGGGUGCGAAUGGGCUGCACUUUGUGAGCAGUCAGGAGGACAAAUCGCUGCAGCAGUACGCCUCGAAGUAUGCCUUUGGCUAUCGCAUACGUGACUUCCACACCGGCAACGACUUUGGCCACAAGCAGAAUCGGGAUUUCCAUGGCGUGACGCGCGGUCAAUACCAUAUUCUACUGCCGGACGGACGCAUCCAGAAUGUGAUUUACCAUGCCGACGAUACGGGCUUCCAUGCGGACGUCAGCUUCGAGGGCGGAGCCAAGCACUGAGUCAGGAUUUGGAUGGAGAGCGGAGAGCGGCGAAAGGAAGAGCGGCCAAAUGUGCAAUCUAUGUUCUAAGCUAGUUCUAGGAUCAUUCAUUCCAUUCAUCCCAAAACACAGCCAGUUAAGUGAAGGCUCUCUGUCACGAGAAUGAGCCUUUGACAUUGACUCCCACAUGAUAUUAGUUUUCUUGCCCCCUUUGACUAUUGAUUUUCGCCAAUUAAGCGAAAUGGUUUAUUAGUCAAGACUAAGAAAGCUAAUCAAGCAGAUAUAUUACAGCCCCAGCCAAUCCAUUCAACCCUUCAUCUUCACAAUAUUCAGAAUAUAAUUUCUCAAUGCGUGCCCAACCACA